GCUGCAAGCACGGUGCAGCACAGUGUUCUGUGUUUGAAACGUAAAAGUUAGCAGUUUUCGAAGCGCAGUACGGCUGGAACACGAACACGCACUUGAAACAUUUGCGCGCGCAAAAGCUCGAUUGCGUGCUCAAAAGCGUCAGCUGGAAUGCGGCCUAAUCACCGCGAUUACCAAAAAUGAAGCCGAUAAGCAAUCCUUUAGUAGUAAGUAGUGUGUAAUAUCCUUGCUCUCUCUCUAGUCUGCACACAGAAGUGAGGUUAGUUAAUAUAUUUUUUAUUUACAUUUGUGUGUGAACUGUGAGCUCAGACUCGACAGACUCAGCAUCUAUCAGCGACCAGUGGGAUCACGGUUGUAAGGCUCUCUGCUCUGUCGUUCUUGUUCCAGGUUUCCAUUCCCAUCCCAUCCACCAAUAAAACAAUGGCAUAUGCAGAAGUAAGAGGAUUCUCAGAAGAUAAAAUGUUUGGCCCCUUGACAUUUGAGGACUUAAAAUACGAUAUUCAAUUCCUGGAUAGUGAAACAAAAUGCCUUCUGUGCGAAGAUAGUUUCAACAUAAGACUUCGCCUGGAUAUAUUUCUGAGCCAUAUUUUUGAUGUGCAUCAGUGUGUCAUUGAAGACGCUCAGAAUAUUAAAAAUUUACCUGAAUAUAUUCUCUACUGGAGGGAACGCUUAAAAAAAGAUCCUGUAGAACAGAUAAUACCGUCUGUAAAAGUUGAAGUAACAGGGGAACAAUAUUUCCUCUUUAGUUCCUUGUUGAAAGAAGACCAGAACCUUCGACACAAGCUAAACUUGGAUUAUGUAAUGAAAGUCCACGAAUUUGAACGAACGGAUAGCAGUUUUAUUCGGCAAUGUUUGUUUUGUAAAUUACAAUACGAAGGUUCCAGGCAAGGUUAUUUAGAACACUUAGCUGAACAACAUAAUCUUCAAUUAGGAAAUCCACAAAACUUGGUUUUCAUUGAAGAACUGAUCAAUCAGGUUGAUGAAGAAAUACAAAACUUAACGUGUAUUUUUUGCAAAGGUAUUUUCCCAGAGAGAACUGUGCUCAAGGAGCACAUGAGAAAAAAAAUACACAAAAGAAUAAAUCCUGCCGAUUCUGCAUAUGAUAGAUUUUAUAUCGUGAAUUAUUUAGAAGUGGGAAAGGGUUGGCAAGCCAUUGAAAAAGAAGAUGACAGGUAUGCACUUCCUAGAGGAGCCGAAGAAAAUUGUGAUCAAGAAUACUCAGACUGGAAUGAAAAAGAUGACAAAAUUAACUGUUUAUUUUGUUCUCAAACUGAAACCGAUAUAAAUUUGUUAUGUUUGCAUAUGGAUGGCGAACAUGGUUUUGAUUUCGUCAAAUCCACCGAAACUUUGGAUUAUUAUCAAAAAAUAAAAUUAGUUAAUUACCUUAGAAAAAUGAUGCAUAAUAAUAAAUGCCCCUAUUGUGAAGAAUGUUUGGAAAAUAAAGAUAGUUUAUGGGGGCAUAUGAGAGAAAUGGAACAUUGCAAAAUUCCAAAGACAGACACGUUUGAUCAGCCAGACAAAAUGGACAACAAUCUAAGUACUUAUGCCAAGGAGUUGCAAGGUUCUCAUUCCAUAAGAUAUUUGCAGAAGAUAUCUGUCUUGGGAGUGGAUCCAUACACUAUAAACAUUGAAAAUUGUUCCAAACGCCUAGAAGACUUUCCUCCAACUUUUUACCCCGACAUUGUAAUGUAUUUGGUACAUACAAAAAGUGCAUACACUAUGGAAGAAUUAAAAGCCUACAAAAGCCUUGAGGCUUAUAAUCAAGCUACUUGUGGUUGGGUGAAGAAAAUUGGGGUGAAGGUGUUUCCAUCUUAUAAAUUAGUAUUAGGCAAGGUGAUGCAUUCGCAACGACUCAACGAAAAGCUACUGUCUCCAUGGAUAAUCACUAACGAAGAUGGAACUGUACAUAGUGCUCACUGCGAUUGUGUUGCAGGAUUGGGAGAAGUGUGUACCCAUAUAGGAGCUGUACUGUUUUCUUUGGAUGAAGCAGGAAGAUCUAGGGAAGAAGUAACUAGGACGGGGGUGAAGGCUUACUGGAUGCCUCCUACAAACAAACCAGCAGAUCCAUCAACUACUGCCAAAAUUGAUUUCAGAACUGCAAAGCAAAAAUCCCAGGACAAACCUAUAUUCCAAAGAGAAGAAGUCAGAUUGGCUGUUCUUGCGCCUUCAAAAGAAGACCAAAUGUCCCUUCUUGAAAAUUUGAAGCAAGCAGGGGGUUGUGCCUUGCAUAAUAUAAUCCCUCCAUUCUCCAAAGAAGUACACAAGGAGAUUGAGGAGAAAAAUCAAUUGUCUUUUCUCCGUUUUUAUAAGCAAGAGUAUGAGACAAAGUCAUUACAGGAAUUGAGAGAAUUGGGCCAAAAGUUGCAAGUUUUUAUGUCCAUUGAAGACUGCAAAGUUAUUGAAAUAGAAACGAGGCAGCAAUCGAAAUGUAAUUCUUGGUUUACUCACCGUCUAGGAAGGAUCACUGCAUCUUUAUUUAAAAAGUGUUGCAGGACCAAAAUUGAUAAGCCUUCCAUAUCUUUGAUAAAAAGAAUUUGUUAUCCCACUAAACUUCGGGUGAGGGCAAUGGAAUAUGGCUGCGAACAUGAAAAGUAUGCCUUGAAAGACUUCCUAUCAUAUAUGACACAACAACACCAUAAUUUCCAAAUUAGGAAAUGUGGUCUCUACAUAGAUCCUGAACUAUGGUUUUUUGGUGCUACUCCAGAUGGCAUAGUUUCUUGUAGUUGUUGUGGUGUCGGUGUCUUGGAAAUAAAAUGCCCCUACUGUGUCCAGUUCAAAAGUAUAUUGGAUUUAACCCAGAACAAAUAUUCCUUUUUAAAGGAAGUGAAUGGUGAAUUGCAAAUUAAAAAAGACCAUGAUUAUUAUUAUCAAGUGCAAAUGCAAAUGGCCAUAACAAAAUUGAAAUAUUCCUAUUUGGUAGGAUGGUGCAGAAAAGACUUUGCAUACUGUAAAAUUGUUUUUAAUUCCAGUUUUUGGACCGACAAUAGUGAUAUUGCAAAACAAUUUUUUUUCGAUAUAAUCUUGCCAGAAUGUCUAGGCAGGUAUUAUAGCAGGCAAACCAAUGUUUUGGCAGAAUUUCCAGAAGAAGAAAUAGAGGAGUCUCCUGAGGAGUCUCUUGACAUCGAUUUAUACGAAGAACUAGUUUUUACAAGCGAAAAUGUAGAAGAAGUGUCAUCACCAAAGCCUGGACCAAGUAAUGUUCCAAAGGAGAAAGAAACUUCUCCAGAACCAGGACCCUGCAAGAAAUUAUAUUGCAUCUGUAGGGAAGAAGAUGAUGGUGUUACUCCAAUGAUUGCCUGUGAAGCAGAAAUGUGCAGAAUAGAGUGGUAUCAUCUCAAGUGUGUAGGUUUGUCAAAAAUACCCAGCUCAGUUUGGAUUUGUGACAUUUGCAAGGCUUAUUCUGAUUCAGAAUAGAUUUUUUUACAUUUUAAAAGUUUGUUUAUUUAUUUAUACCUUACUAAAAUAUUUAAUGAAAUAAAACCACAUUUUUUGUAUUUGUCUAUGUACUAUAUUUUAAUUUAGUCAGUCAAUACAAUACAAAAUUCCUUAUUUUCAAGUGUGUUACGAACAAUAUUAUAUAAAAAUAAUUAACACAAAAUACUAUCACCAAAAAGAAAGAAUCAUUUUUUUAAAGUUUUAAUUAUUUCUCUUAAUUUGAUUAUUAAUAAAAUAAGAAAAAUUAAUAUUUGGUAACAUAGUUGGUGGAUCGGUUCUAUUCGGAGUAGAAGUUACUUCUGUGAGUCUUCUGUUUCACAAGCAAACUUACAGACUCGUCACAAAAAUACCACUUUUACUCCUGAUAAAACAAUAAUGCUAUUUUUCUAUUCAAUUUAAUUGAAGCAUUUGUAGACAUUUGCCAUUGUCCAUUGAUAUUAGACAUGUCAAUUGUAUAUACCCCUGUCCAAUCUUGUUUUUUUUAGAGCCCCUAAAAAUGUAUUUUUAUUAUUAAGUGAGAAGAUUCUUUUAUAUACAAAUUUAUUUUAUCAUUUAAAAUUAUUUUUUAAGCAGUAUGAUUAGAGCUAAUGCUUCUAUAACUUAACUAUUUAAGCUUACCCAUUCAAAAUUUAUAAAAAUGCCUAUUAACUAUACCAACUAGCUAUAUUUGCAGUGAUCUUAGUAUGUAUUUUAAAAAAUGGUCUGUUCUAAGUUGAAAGAGGGCAACGGUGAUGAUAGAUGGUUCUGUUUUCAUUAGGCUUUAGGAAUUGAACAUUAAAAUCAUCUGCAAUGACUGCAAUUAAUAUUUUUUGUUUUUUUUGUUUGCAUCAACGCAGUUACAUAGGAUAUUUUUAAAAAUGUUUUGUUUCCUGUUGGUGGCCUAUAAACAAAUUAUUAUGUCGGAAAUAAUUUUAAAACUGAAAAGUAAAUGAAAGUAACACAAGCCUUCCUCCUCAAAA